AAUCUCCUUUUAGAUACUAACAGCUGGUCACCUGUUGAUGCCGAGGGAACAUUCCCGAUCCACCGUGGCAAGCUGCAGGGUGUGGCUGUGGGUCAGUGGAUUUACUACUUUGGGGGGUUCUGUCCUAAAGCUGCGGAUUUAGAUGAGGAUGACGAGGAUGAUGAAGAGUGGGAAGAGGAAGAAAGUGAUGAACUGUCGACAGACCAAUCAGGGGCAGAUUUUGGCUGGUUCAACGAUCUUCACGUCCUUGACACAGAUAUUGAAAAUGCAAGUCAAAGAGAUCUGUACUUUUUUGGCAAGAAGUGGACACACCCAAUGCAGAUGAAUCUUGGUGAACCUACUGCCCAAGCUGAACAUGUAAUGUGUGCUGUAGACAAACAGAUUGCCAUAUUUGGAGGAAGGGAUACAGAGGCUUGA